AUGAUUAUUAAUGACGAUGAACCAUAUUUAUAUAACCUUACAUUGCGUAAACAAUCAAACUAUACACACGCAUGUUCAGGAAGUUUCACAUUACAAGGAAGCCAUCAAGUAUGUUUAGCUACAGAAAACUCUAUUGAAAUAUAUGAUUUAUCAGAAGGAGACCUACAUCAUCGUCCAGUGGUAACUAUAGAUAAGAUCGAUUCUACAAUCACAUCCAUAUGCACAAUUCCCAAUAGUAACACUAACAGUUCCAACAAUACUUUGUCUAAGAUUCUUUUGCUGACAGAUUCUGGUAAUGUCACUCUUCUACAAUAUGAUACAAUCUCUAAUACACUGAAACCGAUAUCAAUCGAACCGUUAACAAGAUCAUCGAUGAGAAGAACUGCUCCUUUGUCAUUAAGCGCAGUAGAUCCUUUAGGUAGAUGCAUAUUUAUAUCAUCCUUAGAGAAAUUCGGGUAUAUGUACACGAUUAAUCAUACUAGUAAUUCGCCAUUAUCUUCCCCCGUGGAGGUCAUUAGACCAGGCUCAAUCACAUUAAGUAUCGUUGGAUGUUCUGGCCAAGUAUAUGAUAAUCCAACUUUUGCUGCAUUGGAAUACUUACCAGUACCACAUUUAACGUUUUAUUCAUUGGAUUUAAAUUUGAAUCAUGUCAUUAAAGGAAAGACUUAUCCUUUUAAAAAGAAGGAUCCUAAUUUUUUAUUAGCUUUGCCUGAUUUAUCAAAAUUCGAUAUCAUAGAAUCAUUUAAUGACGAAAUUGAAGCAACAAAUCCUUUUGUAAUCGUCGGGUUUUCAAAUCAUUUGAUUAUUAAAGAUAUGAAUGGUCUUUAUACUGUAGAGAUCCCAUUGCCUCAUCCAAAUGGUGAUACUAAUCCAAUUAAUAUUAUCGCGGCAGAUAUUCAAAUUAUUAAAAACAAAUCAUUUUUCAUCUUAUUACAAACUAAUAAAGGUGAUUUACUUAAAUUACAAUUGCAUAAGAAUUUAAACUCUUCUCAAACAAACGUUUUACAAGUUUCAAUGUCAUAUUUCGAUACCAUCCCACCUGCCAAUUCUUUACAUAUUUUUAAUAAUGGUUAUAUGUUUGCAAAUUCUGAAUUUAAUGAUAACUGGUUAUUUCAAUUCAAUUCCCUGGGAUCAGAAAAUUUUCAAUUGGAAAGAUCUUUUAAGAAACAUGAAUCUUUAACAAAUCUAUCUCGUAUAGAUAAUUUACAAACAUUAAACCCAUUAAUAGAUACAUCUUUGAUAAGUUCUGUUAAUAUACCCACUUCUUCUGAUAUCUUAACAAGAUCCACAGAUACUUCAUUACGUGUACUUUCAAGUUCAAUUAAUUUUAUUAAUUUAACUUCCUCAAAUUUACCACCAAACCCUCAAAAUAUUUGGACUUUGAAAUAUAAUGUAACAAAUGAUAAUUAUCAUCAUUUAUUGGUAUUAGGAUUUGAAAAUACAACAACUUUUUUACAGAUAGAAAAUGAUUCGAUUAAGGAUCUAAAAUUACCUGAUAAGGAUACCUUCUUAUUAAAAAAUGAUAAAACAAUUCAUAUGAAUUCAAUGUUAGCUGCUACUAUUAUUCAAGUAUGUAAUAAUAGGUGCAUCCAAAUAUCAAUCAAGGACGUCUACAAACAAAAAUUGAAUUGGUUCCCACCAGCAGGUAUAACAAUUGUAGCAGCAGACUCUACGCCAACUCAAUUAGUCCUUGCUUUAUCCAAUAAUGAUAUUGUUUAUUUAGAGAUCCAGGAUAAUGGAAGUUUAAUUGAAUCCACAAAAAGGCUAUCAAUUUCAACAAGAAUUACAAGUCUGGCGAUGUAUUAUAAUCCGAAGAAACCCUUGGAACGUUGCAAAUUCCUAAUUGUGGCAACUGACGAUAAACUAAUUAACGUUAUAUCUUUAAGUCAUGAAUCUUCAAGUAAUGAAGAUGAAGACGAAGAUGACAAUUUCUUGGAAAUUGUUUCUUUCCAGAAAUUGACAGAUGUUGCGAACGCUGUAUUAUACACACCAGGAUUUAUUCAUGUAGGAUUAAACAAUGGUGUCUACGCCAGAUCAAGAAUUAUGGAUACAGGAGGGAAACAAACUGCCACCGGCAUAAUCACAGAUGUCUGGAAUAAAUAUUUGGGUGUAAAAAAAGUAUCUUUAUCACUUAUUAAGAGAACUGCAUUAUCAUUAACUGAUAGCGAAGACGACGAAGAGGAAGAGGAAGGGGAAGAGGAAGAGAAAAAAGAUGGCCAAGAAUCUAUUGAGCGUUCAAAUUCAAAAGAAGAACAAGAUGAAGAGAAAGAACAAGAAUUAUCGGCUUGUAUAUUAGCGACCUCGGACUCUACUUGGGCAAGCUAUCAACAGAACGAUGUUUUUUACAUCAGACCUGUUUCAUUCCCAAAGGAAAUUAAAUCCUUAACCACAAUCUCAGAGAUCACAACAGAAACGUUGAAAUUUAACGGCUGUUGUUCUCUUUCAAAAUCAGGUAAAUUAAUUAUUGGACAAUUCAAAGAUUUUAUCUUUAAUGAUAAAUGGUUUAAUUUAGAGGAGAUACCGUUAUCACUUGAUAACAACGAAAAGCAACAGAAUUCAGAAGAAUCUCGAGAGGAUAGUUCCGAUUCUGAUGAUGACGAAGAGGAUGAUGACGAAUCACAUGUUGAUAUUCAAAAAUAUAGAAACAAAAGCAUCCUGCCAUUCAAUUCUUAUACCAUAUUCAUCGAUAACUUAAUUGAUGGCAACGGACAAUGUAGAAUAUCCAUAACAGAUUCAGAUAAGAGAUUUUUGGAAUUUAUUGAAGAAGAUGGUACCAGACGCAAUUUUCAAAUUCUUCCAAAUAUGUCCUGUCUAUCAGCAAAUCUGAUCAAUUUCUCAAAAGGGAACAAUUAUCAUUUAAUUCUUUCAUCACGAGAUAAUAAGUUAUUGUGUUUUGAAAUUUUAAUUAAAAAAUCCUCUUUUGAAGUUCAAUUAAUGCAUGAAACCAAUGUGGACGAUCGUAUCAAUACAUUUUGCGCAUUUAAUAAUAUGGUAUUGGUUCCAGUACAUGGCAAAUUGAUAUUAUACACCUUAGGUAAAAAACAACUUUUAAAGAAAUCAAUAAGUAAUACGACGCCAUCGACGACAAAAAUUGUAAAGCUGAUUAACUGGAAGAAUAGGAGAAUAGCAGUAGCAGAUAUACAUGAAUCGGUAACCAUAUAUCAAUUUUUUGAAAACCAAUUUAUACCUCUCGUGAGUGAUAUAACCAAGAGACAUGUUACUACUAUUAAAUUUUUGGACCCAUUUACAGUGAUUGGGGGUGAUAGAUUUGGAAAUAUUUGGACACUUAGAAUACCUCAAGAAGCACAAAGUGAUGACACAGAAUCGAUACUCACAAACACAAAGGAUAAAAAAUUGAGUGGAAAUCUAAUGGAGACUCCUUACAAGUUUCAGUUACUGAAUCACUAUUACGUCAAUGACAUUAUAUUAAAUAUCUUUGUUAUUCCAAACAUACACCUUUCAGGAAGGGACUGUAUUCUUUAUACAGGAUUACAAGGAACUGUCGGUGUCCUUGUUCCAAUAAUUUCUAAAAAUGAAGUAAUGCUAUUGAAAAAACUAGAAGAUAACAUUACUGAUUUGGAGACGAAUAUGACAACCUUUAUGAAUACCAAUGAAAAGGAUGAAGACUCCACAAAUUUGAACACGACAAAUAUGGAAGACUUACAACUUAUUAAAGAUAGGAAAAUUAAAGAAGAACCCCUUGAGGGUCGUUAUUCACUAGUAGGAAGAGACCACAGUGUAUACAGGGGCUAUUACGCACCCGUGAGAAAUAUUAUAGAUGGGGAUCUGUGUGAAACGUACCAAAAGCUACCAAGUUUGGAGCAGAACGUUAUUUGCAAAAAGCUUUCAAGUGGUAAUAUAACCCAUAAUGACAUUCUUAAAGCAAUAAACGAGAUUAGAACUAGUUAUAUCUAA